GCCUUUUUAGACCGUAAAGGAGGGUUUUUCUAUGAAAGGUAACCAAUCUCAGAAUAAUCCAAUGGGCUGCCUUUUUUUAUUUUCAUUUUAAUGAAAUUGCGCUAUAACAGAUGGAGCGAGGCCCCGGUGAUUACGAUGGCGGCAGCCAUGUUUUUGAAAAAGGCGGAAAUCCAAUUCUUCAAUUCUAUUGGUUACAUGUAUGGUGAUGUGAGCCAUUGCCCUUUCAGUUUGAACACUUAUCAACAAUGCAUGUGCGAUAUACGAUCCAGUUUUGAUUUCCAUACAGCCAGCUGCACGCCGUCCUUGUUGGACUACUUGGAUGAUGAUGAAUCGAUGUAUGAAAUCACAGACUUUUUAAGAUACUUGUUCCUCGAUCCUGCUCUAGCCCAUGCCGAACAUAUAGAACCAUUGUCUGAUUGAUCGUUGUAUAGACUUUUUAUUUUUAUUUUUAUAAAUUAUGUCUUUGGUUCCAACCGCCAAA